CAGGGAACAGAGAAAGAAAGAUAACUCUACCUCUAGACACUCUACCUCUAGACUCAAACACGACAAAGAGUUGUGAACAACCUUUGAAUACUCGGAAAAAGAGGAAGAGCCGCGGCUGGCAAAUAGUCCUAAGGUAAAGGUAGUUUAAUAAGCAAAAAGUCGAAAAAGAAUUAUCAUCAUGCCCAAGCCCGUUCUCUUGAAAAAUCGUGGUCGAUGCCGCGUCCAGCAACAGCGAGAUGGAACGUGGCGUGUGUGGGUUCGAGUGACGAAACCUAUCGCAAACCCGAAAGGAUACCUGAAAAGACAUAUGCUUGUUUAUGAAUUGAGGUAGGGAUUAUAUUGGAUAUGGUUAUGGUUGCUUGUAGCUUAAGGAUGUCUACUUUUCCAAAAGCAUUAGCAUAUCAUGUUGUGCUCUAUCUAUUUCUAUUGCUCUUAUCCGAAACGGUAAUACUUUUUUUGGUUCCACCAGUUACAGAAACAAAAGCUGCUUUCAUAUUCCCGACACCGGAGCAAAGCGGACCUGUCUGAGUGUGGAGGAUGCAGUGGAAGUUUUGAAAUUGAAGCCACUGGAGAAGAAGAGCGGGGAACUUUCUACAGUGACAGUGAAGACGACGAAUGGAAAGUAUAACAGAAUAAAUAAAAGAACAUCCUCUUUCCUCAUCCUCAUCCUUCAUAUUUUCGAACUCCAAUCUGAUGUUCCUGGUGAUGCUCACAAUUGCAUUCUAACUCCAAUGUGCAGGUCCGAGCGUGAGCUUGCAAGGAUACGCCUUGAAAGCUACGACUUGUCUGCUGCCGAGGUGGGUAUUACCAGUGCUGCUAUGGGUACGGCAAGUACGUCAGGCAUUGCAUCAUCCUCCUCCACAACCAGCACCGCAGACAAUGGUAACAAGACGACUCUCGUUGAGCUCACCUGCAGCAUUCGAACUGGGCUUCUUGAGGGCCACGGAAUCCUCGGUAGAGACUGGAUUACGGUCGCCCAACCGGUUUGGGAGUAUUAUGUUCGGAAAGGAGGCGGCGCUGGGAAGAACGCACCAAAAGGUUCAACGAUUCAAAUCGGAAGUACAAUUUUACCUGCUGUUAGUGGAGGUGGUGGGUCGUUCUUAAACAAAAACAGUACGUGUACCACGACUACAGCGAUGAAUACUAAUGUACUAGCAAGGAAGACGGCGAAUACUAAUGUAGCAGGAACGAGUUCAAUUAAUAGUAGACGCUUCCAAGAGACUGAAGAGGCUAUGGCUGAACCUUCGAGCUCAUCGUCAGCUAGCAGUGACGUCGAAAAUAACAACCGUGGAACCUCCUCUGGAAGUACCCUAUCCGCCUCUAGAAGAAAGAAAUCUCUCCUCCAAGUGCGACAAGGACAACAUGAACUACAAGAACAUGAACUACAAGUACAAACUACAGAAAUAGAUAACGUUGUUGAUAAUGAACUGAUUAUGAUGAACUACAACUACACAAGCGAGAAUAUGAAUCCAUCGAGGAGCAGGAGCCUAGAAGAAACACCGGGAAUUACACCUGAUGGCCCUGUCUCGGGAUUAGGUGGCGAAAAUGGAGCUUCGCAGCACAUGGUCUUUCUUGAAGAUGCACUGAUCUACAACGAAAGCGAUUCUUACAUCCGUGCACGAGCGCUGAGUGGGGAUGACAGCGACGACUGCGAUCUUGAGGUCGAUUAUGUUGGCGGAGAUGACUAAUAGGUGAGAAGCAAAAGAGCAUCCUCACCUUCGAUUAUAACUCUUAUGUGAAAAAAUGAAUCCCGUCAAGGAUGAUGUGCACGUACGUAACGUAUGUCUUGAUGAAAAUGAACAGAAUAACACAAGACGCACUCGUCGUAUUCCAGAGAUACAAGUAGUAAGCAUACGACUGACAAAGACACUUCUCUUGCAUCCCGGCUUCUGAGAAUAUAGUUCUUCUUUUACACAUCUUAAUCUUUCAAUGAUGAACGAGCUCUUUCUACUUUCAUGCUCGGAGCUUUAU